UGAAGAAAUAGUUGUUGAAACCGAAUUUGCAGAAACCAUAAUUUGCGAUUUAUGUCAGAAUCAUGUACAAACUGAACGUCGAGGAUCUAACGAAGGACAAAAGAAAAGAGCGAUAAAAAUGAUACAGGUUAUAUUUAAAAAUAUAAAUACUUUAAUUAUUAUAAAUAUCUAAUAACAAAUAUAUUCAUUAAAUUAUUUAUAUAGAAUAGCAAAGCUGAAAUUUUGGAAUACAAAAUUAAUGACUGUGUGAUUAUUCCAGUACCAAAUGUAGACAAAAGAACUUCAGAUCCUAUAAAUGUAAUUGGUGUUAUUGUAGAUCAAAGAAAUGAUAUGAAUCGCAUAGGAAACCAGAAUUGA